UAUUGAUAGAACAAAAUCUCCAAGAGGACUAGAAACUCGAGACUAUUUCGCCAAAAUCCACCAAAAUUGUAACAUUUCGGCAUUUGAAUCGACAACCGUAAGAUUUCUUCUCUAUCCCAAAGAAGAUAGCUAAUAUGGACAGAACAAAAAUCGUCAACAGGAGCAUAAGCUCAGAACUAUCUCACCAAAACCUCAACAUUUCGGGAAAAGAAUCUCAAAGGUAUCAAUCCACCAUGGAUCAACUCAACCAUACCGAAGGCGCCACUAUGGACCAAACCACGGCCCCCAUGUGGACAACCUCCAUCUUCACGAGACCAUGCAAGGUCGCACCACCAACCUUCACACCCUAUCCCAAGAAGGACUGUGAACUCCUUGUCAAACUCUGGACAGAGAACAAACUCCCAAUCGGCGCCCCAAUAGAGAUAUACGGCGGCACAUCAUACAUCCCAUACCACCGACAACUCAAGGCCGGAAAACACGCCUUCGAAUACCACCCGCUCACCAAAGAAUACACCUACAAAGGCAAACGCCCCGCAGAGUACGCCGACCAAAAAACAGAACGCCUCACGGACCUACUCGCCGACUACGCUGUUCAUCUCCUUGACACCAUCGCCGCCGGCAUCACCAGGUAUCAAAAAAGCGACCAACCAAGAAUUCACAUCCGACAACUUCUCGGAACGAGUCCCGAACAGGCUAUUGCGAAGAUGCAAGACCUUUCAAGAAGAAUUUCCAAGCAUCGAAAGAUCUUCGCCGGAAUAUUGGCUCCUAUGGAGGAAUGUCUCAAGAUCUGGUGCAAAAUGCGCUGCCAACUCAACGAAGAGCCGAUUUUCGACCUUAGCGAAAAUGUAGUUGAGAUGAUGGAACUGUUGAGAAAUGAGGAGAAUAUGGAUAAAAGACAAAGACAGUAUUGGGAGCUUAUGCUCCACACUCAUACCAGCAAAAGACUUGAGGCUCUGCUGGCUAUGCCGAGAGAUCAGUUUGUUGGUGGGCAGAGGUCGGAUGAGGAGAUUGCAUGGUUCCUGUUGAAGAACAAGGGCGACUAUAAGGAUAUCUUCAUCUACUAUCUCAACGCAGACGAAGGAAAGACCGCCGCAGCAAACACGACCGAAGACAACCACGAUGCCAGGCUUGCCGCCGAAGAUGGAUUCGACGUCGUCAUGGAUGAUAUCCCGAAGAACGACACAGAAGGCGAAAUCUUGGCUCUUCGAGCAUAUGCCGAACAGGCUGCCGUCAUACUGCAGUAUAACUUCAACGACUGCAGAGAAGGAGACGCCUACUACAUCGACGUGUUGUUCUUCUACAGAUGGGUGGAGAACAUCAUUGGCGCCACCGACGAGGAGCUGGCUGUGUAUCUGAAAGCGCAAGAAGUUGGCGAUUUCUACCUCUCGGCUUGGGUCAACGCAGCAUUCAACCUUGAUACUCCGACCUGGCAGUUAUUGACGAUAAAGAGCCAGGAGUUGAACGUGGACACGGCAUUCUACGGGCUCCCAAAACGACUUGGCCUCCAUGGACCACCAGCACUUGGUCGAGUCCGUCGUCUGGAAAUCGGCAACGAACGAGGAAUCAAAAAUGGACGGGAACGAAGGAGACGACAACGUGCCAUGGGUGUCGGACAAGCACGAAUCAAUCGAACACAGGCAGAGAAUCAAAACCCGCCUCGAACACGAAGCACCACGACAGGAGAAAAUCAACAACGGACGCAAACGGCAACCAGAAAUACGACAAUAAACCGAGAAGAAGAAUUCGAUUGGGGCCCAGUGCAAGAGUUCCACUUGUAGGACGCUUCAGAUGAAGUGGGCAAUUGGUAUGAGGAGGGAAAUGGAAAGGCAAAUGUAUUCCGAACUUUUGUAUCAAGGGAUGUGAGACGGAAAAUUGACGGG